AUGCCUCAGCUAGCCCCUUUAAAUUGAUUAUUGUUGAUUUUUCUCUUUUGAUCUAUAGUUUUUUUUAUUAUAAUUUCAAUCUGAUGAAUAAAAAAGAAAGAAUACUAUGUUAAGAAAGAAAGAAAAUCCAGAAAAACUAAAAAUAAAAGUUGAAUAUGAUAA